CCAUCUUCAACGCAAAUGAAGAAAUCUAUGCAAAAUUUCCAUCCAAUUUUCGUCUCUGCCGUGAACGUUCUCGCGCGGUAGCAGCUACGAGCACGCAGCGAACAGCCGACACCACACGCACGCACCAUCACCAACCAUCAUUACCACCUCACGACUAUCCAUCAACCACAACACCCCACAACGGCAACAAUGGCCAGCAGCAACACAGACUGCAGGUUCUUCCUGUUCUCAACUUGCUCAAAGGUAGGGUAGCCUGGCGUAUGAGUGAAUUAGAAAACAACCCCCUUGUUAGUUGAACUCGCGAGCCCUUGCUUGUAUGUCGGUUUGUGUCUGUGCUUGUGUUUGUGUUUGUUUGUCUGUGUUUGUCUGUGUGUCUGUGUGUCUGUGUGUCUGUGUGUGUCUGUGUGUGUCUGUGUGUGUCUGUGUGCACCUUGCCUUCCCACCUUUCUCCCCUCCUUCGAGGCUCCCUUUCCUACCGUCGCUUUCCUCUCUCUCCCUCUCUCCCUUUCUCUCUCUCUAUCUGUUCGUCAAUCUGCUCGUUUGUCGCGGGGCGAGGGCGCAAGGUGAUGGGGAAGCGGCUUGUGUCUCCUGUGCUCCGUGUUGUGUUGAGUGACGUGCCCUCCGUGUGCCUUGGCAGCCGUGUCCAUGUCACCUCGGCCGGUCCACACCCCACACCCCACAGCACCCAGACACAACAAGAAGCAAACACACCACAACAAGAAGCAAACACGCCACAACAAGAAGCACCUCCACCCCCACCAUUGCCAUUGCACGACAAGUGCCAAGGCCAACACCCAAACUUGCGCAAAUACACGCAAACACACACACGCGCACGCGCUGUAACGUGUUUGUCUUUUUUUUUCCUCGAGUUGCUUCCUCUCCCCCGCCCGUCCCUUUCAUGUCGUCUGUGUUCUGCCCUUCCCCAUCAGGUUCUGGUGGUCUUGAUCACCAGAGCCAGCCUCGCCCUAUGCUCCCUUUCUGUUGGCUGCACGUCUGUCCCACAUCCUGCUGGAGAGUGUGCGUUGCUCUGUUGGUCACACCCAACCAACAACGUUGUAUUCCAGUUUCCCAUGUGUGCUGUCCGUCUGCAUGGUGGACACAAAACAGCGCAGUGGCUGUGGUCCACACACGCACACACCCCUCCGCCCCACCACCUCUCUUCUCUGUCGUCUCUUGCCUUGUGCUCGUCAGCCCUUGACCUUGGGGCGUGCAAUCGCGUCAUCCACUCGACAUCAGCUUCAUGGGCAGUGACACAGUCAUCGUCAUGAUCGCGGUCGUCUCCACCCUCUCCACUCUUUCAUUCCGAUUCAACCAACAUCCAUCCAUCUUCCACUCAUGAUGACGAUGCAACUUCGCGUGCCCCUCUCCCCCUGAACUGAACUUCUUCUGGUUCCCGCGACCCCUUCUCCGGGACUCGGCACGCCCUCCAUCACCCUCGUCAUCUUCCACCAACCCGAAUCACAACCUGAACAACCUGACCGACGACAACGCCCACCGGCCCCUUCGUUAACGACGUCUCGUCCAUUGUCUCUUCUUUCGUCGCAACACAGGGCGCGGCAUGCCCCUUCCGACACUCGGAAGCGGCCCUCAAGACAAACAUUGUCUGCCCGCACUGGAAGAACGGCGAGUGCACCAACCCCGGCUGUAAACUGAGGCACUUUGAGGACACCAAGGACCGCAGCACUGUGCCUUGCUACUGGGAAACACAGCCGGGCGGAUGUACCAAGCCAAACUGCCCUUUCAGACACAAGAACAGAGCCCCUUUCUCCGUGAGCGGCCCCAAACGCCCAUCGACAACAAUGGCAACACCAGCAAUCGGCAACAAGAGGCCCCUCAACACAACAAAGCCACCGACAACUACCACACCUGCCAAGUCAUCCUCGUCAACUCCUCUAUUCAAGCUCGCCUCCACAGGUGCCAACACUCAACACACACCGACAACGAUGACGUCGAGAUUGGUACCGACAACAAGGGCGGCUGCGCCACCACCAUUCUCUGCACCACCAUCGUCAUCUUCGUCGUCAUCAUCAUCGUCAGCGCCGCUGUUUGGCCUGAUGCCAUCGCCCUCCCGUGGACCUCACCAGCAACCGCCAGCCGGGGCGCGUGGCAUGCCUUAUGGCCCACAACCAACGCCCGGCCCUGUGUCCCCGCAGCGGCAGUUUCGCCCGGGCCUCAUGGGCCGUCCACCAGCUCCGGCAACGACGAUGAAUGCGCCGCCCUACUCGGCCCUGCCAACACCACACGCAACACCAGUCACAGCCACAACAACGCCCACAUCGCCGCCAAUGGGCAGGUUUGCCCCCGUGUCGCGCCCGCGUCCGCCCACAACAGCGGCGGCGGCGGGGACAGCAAUGCCGCCCCAACACAUGCGCAUGGGUAUUGGCAUGGGCAUGGGCAGCUACGGGCCGCGAGGACCAACGAUGCCAACGAUGAUGAUGCAGCAGCAGCAGCAGCAGCAGCAGCAGCAGCAACAACAACAGCAGCAGCGUGGGAUGAUGGCUGGGCGUGGCAUUGGGAUGAUGGCAAACGGUCCUGUCGGUGGUGGCCCUGGCAAUGUUGGUCAUGUCACCAUGAUGGGCCGCAAUCCCGGCCUGAUGCAACAUCAGCAACACCCGCAACAUCGCCCAGCCCAUGCGCCGUCUGCUCGCAUGCCGCCACCCCCAACAACAUCAUCAUCAGCGCCAUCAUCAUCGUCUUCUGUGAAUGUGAUUUCGCGCUCUGAGGCGCGCAUGCGGGAGCAGCUCAAGGCCAAGCUCAAGCAGAAGAAGGCCAAGGAACAGCACAAGAUGAAGCAGCAGCAGCAGCAGCAGCAGUUGGAUGGGGCGGCCAAGCCAAAGAACGUGAACGUACGCAAGGAAACGACACACGCACCCGCAGCAGCGGCGGCAGCGGCAUCAACGACCAAGAAGAAGGUACCGGUGCACGCGCGGCUGGAGGGUGUUAAGGUGCCCGGUGGCAGCAAUACCAAGGCCGCUGCUCCGACAACCAAGAAGCCCAAUGCGGCAGCUGCAAAGGCGACACCAGCAACAACGGCUGGAAUAACUGCAGGAGCGGCAGCAGCUAGGAGGGGCAGUGCUGGCGGUAGGCAGGGGAAGAAGAGUGCGGGUGCGCAACUCCUGUUCACGCGAGCAACAUCUGGCCCAGCCGUGGCCAAGGCCGACCCCAGCAGCAAGACAGCGCCGACCAAGAACAAGAACACCGGCAGCGGCGGCGCAGACGGCACUGGCACAGAUGCAGACAAUGCUGCAAAGCGUGCCAAGCUCAUCAUGCCACCUGUCCCCAAGCGCAACAAGCAACAGCAGCAGCAGCAGGUUGCGCAGAAGCUGGCUGCUACUGGCCAGAAGACUACGACCAGCCCUGCCGCCAGCAGCAGCGGCAGUGGUGGUGGUGGUGCGACCUUUGAGGUUCUUCCCCUCUCCCGCAUCCGCCAGUCCAAAAAUGGUGCUGCCAAGGCCUCCUCCUCCUCCUCCUCCUCCACUGCAACAGCGGCGGCGGUAGCUACAAAGGCAGCAGGUUCAGCGACGACGACGACGACGGCAACGACGACGGCAACGACGACAGCAGCAGUGGCGUCAGCAGCAGGUAAAGCUGGUGGCCGAACGAGCCCGAAGCGGCGGGUGUCUGGCACGCCGUCAUCAGCGUCAACAGCGGGUGGCGAAGCGGUGGCAGCGAAGAAGGCAAAGGUCGCAACAACGUCAACACCAGCACCAGCGCCAGUGUUCACGAUCAAGCGCCUCGCAGAUAUCAAGAAGGAGCAGCCAAUCAAGUCACCCAAAACAGCAGUCACCGCGCCAGCAAAAACCGAGCCCAUGACAAAAAAGGCAAAGGCGUCGGCAAAGCGACCUUCAACAGCCAAGCCAGCGACGCCGACGACGACGACGACAUCGACGACGACGACGACACCGACUUUGCAAACCCUGAAGAAGAAGGAAACAACCCCUGCCAAAACGCCAACGCCAACUCCAACGACAGCGGCGCCUGCUGCAACGAGCAAAGCAUCAGCAUCGACUAAGCCGGUGGUGGCGGCGACCAAACCGCAACCACAGCAGCAGCAGCAGCAGCAGCAGCAGCAGCAGGCGAAGACGAAGGCGAAGCGAGCGUCAACGACGACAACGACGACGACCCCUAAGCAGCAAACAGCCCCAGUCAAGGGCACAAGCACAGCAGCAACGCCAACAACAACAGCCGGCGCUGCGGCGGUUGUGAAAAAGAAGAUUGCAACCACCGCUGCCACCGCUGGCAAGAAGGCACCAGCAAAAGCACCAGCAGCGACAGCUACAAAGACAACAACACCGUCCACCGCGACCACGACCACGACCACGACAACCAAGCCAGCGAAGACGACCAAGAAGAAGGCGGUGGCUACGGCGGCAAGCAACACGGCUGCUGCUGCAAAGCCAGCGCCAACCAAAGCCGGUGUUCGCAGGCCGAGCAGCGCAGGGAAGCCCGCUGUUGUGUCGAAGGCAAAGGCACCCGCAACGGCACCCGCAACGACAGCAGCAGCAGCCGUGUCGACAAAGAAGAAGACGACGGCGGCACAAGCUGUGAAUGCCAGCACCGCGAAGCCACCGCAGCGCACGCCAGCAACUGCAUCAAAACCAUCCACAACCGCUGCAGUAGCCAAGAAGAAAAAGGCAGCGGUGUCCACGACAGCGACAACCAAGGCGGCCCCUGCUGCCAAGAAAGCAGCAGCGCCCGCAGCCAACGCAAAGCCGGCAACAGCUACCAAACCAGCUGCCACAACAGCGAAGCCAGCGGCGGCGACAACAACCCCGAAGGACAAGAAGACCAAAGACGCAGGAAAGAAGGCAGAACAGGUGAAGAAGGAAGAGCGGAAGGAGACGAAAGACAAAGAUGAUGAGGAGGAUAAGGAGCUGUUCUCGCUUGAAGAGAUUAAGGAAUACAUGCAGAAGAAAAAGCCUUCAGAGGACACGCACGACGUGGACUUUACAGAUCCAAAUGACGACGAAGGCUUUGAGUUGCUGAUGGGACUUUGAACGACCACGCCCAUGCAACAGUCGUUUUGGGUGUUUGGCCCUGCUGUCACGCGUUCCAGAAAUCGUCAUGCGAGGACAACAUGUGUGCACAACCACUGCCCGCGUGCGACCUUCCUUAUGCAUGUGUCCCUGUGCCUGAUUUGACUUUUAAUUUGUGUCUGUCUACGUGCAGUUGUCUACGUGUUCCCCGAGUGGGUCAGUCAGUUACCACAACUUCCAAAAGUACAUGAAAUAUUCAAACAGGGAACACCUGCUGCUUGAACGCAAUCA